ACCAGAAACAAAACCAUCAUUUUCAUUAUUUAUUCAUUUUUUUCAACCAUUUCGAUGAAAGAAAUCGAAAUUUGAACUUACGAAACCGAAAAUUUGAAAACAACUAUAAAAAAAAUCGAAUCUCCAUUCGUAAAAAAUUCACAGAAAAAGAGUGAAUUCAGAUCUAAAUCUAGGGUUUCUGUUAACCUCAGUUUAUAUAUUAGUAUAAGCUUCGAUCUCUUUGGUUUUUGUUUAAGGGAAUCGAAGAAAAAUGGAGGCGAUCGAAGAAUUGUCGGAGCUUUCGGAAGCGAUUAGACAAGCGGCUGCUGUGCUCGCCGAUGAAGACGUCGACGAGACCUCAUCGUCGUCGUCUAAACGCCCCUCUACUUUCCUAAACGUCGUAGCUUUGGGCAAUGUCGGGGCUGGUAAAUCUGCUGUCUUGAACAGUCUGAUUGGACAUCCUCUUCUGCCAACUGGUGAAAAUGGUGCCACGAGAGCUCCCAUCAGCAUUGAUUUGGCUAGGGAUAGUUCUUUAAGUGCUAAGUCAAUCAUCUUGCAAAUUGACAAUAAAUCUCAACAGGUUUCAGCAAGUGCACUUCGGCAUUCUCUGCAGGAUAGAUUAAGCAAAGGUGCAUCAGGCAGGAGUCGUGAUGAAAUAUAUCUGAAGCUUCGUACCAGCACAGCCCCGCCAUUAAAGUUGAUAGAUUUACCUGGACUUGAGCAAAGAAUUGUGGAUGAAUCAUUGCUUCGUGAAUAUGUUGAACAUAAUGAUGCUAUUUUGCUCGUUAUUGUGCCUGCUGCUCAGGCACCAGAAAUUUCAUCAUCUAGAGCCCUCAGAAUUGCAAAGGAAUAUGACUCAGAAGGUACCAGAACUGUUGGCAUUAUUAGCAAAAUUGAUCAAGCUGCUUCAGACUCUAAAGCCCUUGCAGCAGUUCAGGCUCUCUUGUUAAAUCAGGGGCCGCCUAAAACUUCUGAUAUUCCAUGGGUUGCUCUAAUCGGUCAGUCUGUUUCUAUAGCUUCAACUCAAUCUGGAAGUGCUUCAUCUGACAAUUCUUUAGAAACUGCUUGGAGAGCGGAGAGUGAAAGUCUAAAAUCUAUUUUGACUGGAGCCCCUCAAAACAAGCUUGGGAGAGUAGCUUUGGUAGAUGUCCUUGCUGGCCAGAUACGUAACCGAAUCAAACUCAGGCUUCCAAAUCUACUUUCUGGGCUUCAAGGGAAGUCUCAAAUAAUCCAGGAUGAAUUAGUAAGGCUUGGUGAACAAAUGGUUACUACUGCUGAAGGCACGAGAGCUGUUGCUUUGGAGCUGUGUCGGGAAUUCGAGGACAAAUUUCUGCAACACAUAACGGGUGGUGAAGGAAAUGGUUGGAAAAUUGUUUCUAGCUUCGAGGGAAGCUUUCCUAACAGGAUUAAACAGCUCCCUUUGGACAGACAUUUUGACAUGAACAAUGUCAAAAGGAUUGUCCUAGAAGCAGAUGGUUAUCAACCCUAUCUAAUAUCUCCAGAGAAGGGUUUAAGAUCUUUGAUAAAAGGUGUCUUGGAGCUAGCAAAAGAGCCAUCUCUUUUAUGCGUUGAUGAGGUUCAUCGUGUGUUGUUGGAUAUAGUUUCUGCUGCUGCAAAUGCUACACCUGGUCUUGGGAGAUACGCUCCUUUCAAGAGAGAGGUUGUGGCAAUUGCUAGUGUUGCACUUGAUGGUUUUAGAACUGAAGCACGAAAGAUGGUAGUUGCAUUAGUGGACAUGGAGCGUGCUUUUGUUCCCCCUCAGCAUUUCAUUCGUCUGGUGCAGAGGCGAAUGGAGAGACAACGACGGGAAGAAGAGGUGAAGAAUCGGUCCUCCAAGAAGGCAUCUGAUGCGGAGCAGUCAAUUCUAAAUCGAGCAUCUAGUCCUCAAACUGGUGGACAACAACAAUCUGAAGGAAAAUUUGAAGGAAACUUGAAAUCGCUGAAGGAUAAAUUCAGUAAGAAAGAAAAAGAUGUACCACCGGCACCGCCAGAGGGAUCGGCCCUAAAGACUGCUGGACCUGGUGGUGAGAUAACAGCAGGUUUUUUACUGAAGAAAAGUGGAAAAACCAAUGGGUGGAGUAGGCGAUGGUUUGUUUUAAAUGAGAAAACUGGCAAGCUUGGUUACACAAAAAAACAAGAGGAAAGGCAUUUUCGCGGUGUCAUCACAUUGGAGGAAUGCAACAUCGAGGAAGUUGCCGAUGAUGAAGGUGGCUCAUCCAAAAGUUCCAAGGAUAAGAAGUCAUCGGAAAAGGAACCCAGUCUUGUUUUCAAGAUAACGAGCAGGAUUCCGUAUAAGACAGUCUUGAAAGCUCAUAGUGCUGUUGUCUUAAAGGCUGAGAGCCUUGCAGAUAAGACUGAGUGGUUAGAAAAGUUAAAAAAUGUUGUUGAAUCUAAAGGAGGUCAAGUGAUGGUUGAAUCUGCUGCCCCUCCCAUGAGGCAAAGUCUUUCUGAUGGUUCACUUGAUACGAUGGCAAGAAAACCUGCUGAUCCUGAAGAAGAGCUUCGAUGGAUGUCCCAAGAAGUGCGUGGUUAUGUUGAAGCUGUUCUUAACAGCCUUGCUGCCAAUGUUCCUAAGGCUGUCAUUCUUUGCCAAGUGGAAAAAGCAAAAGAAGACAUGCUUAUUCAGUUAUAUAGCUCCGUUAGUGCCAUAAGCAAUCCCAGGAUUGAAGAAUUGCUCAUGGAGGACCAAAAUGUAAAGCGCAGGAGGGAGCGUUACCAGAAACAGUCCUCUCUUCUUUUGAAACUUACAAGGCAACUUAGCGUCCAUGACAAUCGAGCUGCUGCUGCCUCCAGCUGGUCUAACGGCAGUACAGCAGAUGUGGAAAGCAGUCCACGGACAAGUGCAGCUUCAUCGGGGGAUGACUGGAGGUCUGCAUUUGAUGCUGCUGCAAAUGGACCUGCAGGCUCUGGUAGACAUGGUUCAAAUGGUCAUAGUCGACGGUAUAGUGACCCAGCACAGAAUGGUGAUGAGGGUUUGGGUUCAGGUUCAAGCUCCAGCAGCCGUAGGACACCGACUAGGUUGCCACCAGCACCACCACAGUCUGGUUCUUACAGAUACUAGAUAAGAACUUUAUAAAUCGCUUCCAUUCAUGCAUUCAUCUUUGCUGCGCAUUUUGAUCUUUGUCGUCGAGCAUUUCUCGAGCUUAGAUUAUUUCGAGUAGCAUUUGUAGAGUUUUAGUUUUGACAUUGUUGUUGGAAAAAGAUUGGGUUGAAAAGGAAAAGAAAAUUCUCGUUUCUUGUGUAAAA